AUGGUCAAGCCUCUUACAUUUAAAGGUGAUAAAAAGGUCAAAAAGCGCAAGCGGGCAGACGGCGAUGACCGUGCCCUCACUCAAGCUAAAAACCUCAGCUCCACCCAGUCAGCGGACCACGAUGACCAGAAUUGGGUAUCGGCAGACGUUCCCUCAGACAUUUCUGGGCCAGUUGUCAUAGUUUUACCCUCUACACCACCUACAUGUAUUGCCUGUGACGUUAACGGCAAGGUGUUUGCGAGCGAGAUCGAGAACAUGAUAGAAGGAGACCCGAGUACUGCGGAACCACAUGAUGUGAGACAGGUCUGGGUUGCAACAAAGGUAGCCGGCUCAGAGGGAUUUAAUUUCAAAGGUCACCAUGGGAGGUAUUUAAGCUGUGAUAAAUAUGGUAUUUUGAGCGCCACAUCCUCUGCCAUAUCCGCACUUGAGUCCCUUAUUCCCAUCUCCUCGGUAGAGUCACCCGGACUAUUUUCCUUCCAGACAUGCGGCGGUGAUAAAGAUGCAUUCCUCGCCAUCAAGGAAAACACAACCUCGUCCAACUCCGUGGAAAUCCGCGGCGACGCAGAGAAUGCUUCCUUCAACUCCUCAUUUCGCGUGCGAAUGCAGGCACAAUUCAAACCGAAACUGAGGGCGUCCAAGGAAAGCAAAGCGUUGGAAAAAGUCAGCCGGAAAGAGCUGGAAGCCACCGUCGGUCGAAGGUUGGAGGAUCAUGAAGUCAAGAGGUUGAAGAGAGCGAGAAAAGAAGGCCAUUACCACGAAGAGAUUUUAGAUCUACGUGUGAAGGGGAAACAUGAUAAGUUUGCCUCGUGA